CGAUGGGAAAGUUUGUAAUGCGGUUACAUCCACUACUUCAGCACAAAGAUGUUAUAUUUGUAAGGCUACACCAAUAGAAAUGAACAAAAUCGAAAAAGUUAUAAAUAAAGAGAUAGACCCAACAACACUUCGUUUUGGCCUCUCAACUUUGCACGCUUGGAUUAGAUUUUUUGAAUAUUUUUUACAUGUUUCUUAUCGUCUAGAUAUAAAAAAGUGGCAAGUAAGAGGUGAAGACAAAGGCAAAUUUUUAUCUAGAAAAAAAAUGAUACAAGAAAAAUUUAAAACCAUUAUGGGAUUAAAAGUUGAUUAUGUUAGAUCAGGUGGUGAAGGAACAUCCAAUGAUGGGAACACUUCUCGACGAUUUUUUGAUGACCCUUCAAUAGCAGCUGAAAUAACUGGAAUAAAGGAGAGCCUUAUUAUACGUUGUGCAACAAUUCUCAAAGCUAUGUCAUCUGGUUAUGAAAUAAAUAAAAAAAUAUUCAGUGAAUACGCAAUUGAAACUGCUAAAUUGUUGGUAAAAGAAUAUCCUUGGUACUACAUGCCAGCUUCUGUACAUAAGAUAUUAUUACAUGGAUCAUCCGUCAUUUCUGCUGCUUUACUUCCUAUUGGCCAAAUGUCUGAAGAAGCACAAGAAGCUCGCAAUAAAGACCUUAAAAAUAUUCGAGAAAAUUAUACUAGAAAAUGUUCUAGGAUUAAAACAAAUGUGGACCUGUUACAUGGACUAUUAGUGUCAUCUGAUCCGCUCAUUUCUAGUCUCAGAAAAUUACCCUCCAAAAAAAUGUCAUCAUUUUCAACAGAAGUAUUACAACUGCUGACUGCAAUUGAACCAACAUACGAUUUGGCGGAAAAUAGUUCAAGUGACGAAAAUUAA